AUGUCGCAAGCAUACAACACAAAUAUGCCUAGGCCGUACCGAAUGUCGCGUCCUAUUCUGCUUGCCAUCGCCAUCAUAAUAUUCCUCGGGUAUGCCAGCCACUCUGCAUGGCAGCAGUCUGCACAACCCGACCUACGAACCACACCCAAGAUUGACCUACCGACUAUACCGAAGACUACGCGUCUCCACACCGAGGGACGUAUACUCGACCCCUUCGAGUCUCUAGAUGAAUCCACAGCCGGCCUUGUUGAAGACAUCCCGGCAUCGAGUACGCAGCAGGUCGCUGAACCCACACCCUCUUCACAAUCCACCAAUACCAAUUCACUCGCCCUCCACGAUGAGACCCUCGGCGCAGCAGGCGAAGGCACAUUAUACUCCAAGAUAGGAAAGGUUACGAUGUUGUACUAUAACAAGCCAACCAAAGAUUCAUUCUGGUACGAAAAGGCCCUGUCGAGCCAGAGGGAACACAACCUGCGCUUUGGCUACAAGCAAUUCGUCCUCCGCACUGAAAUUGUGCCCGAGUUCUUCUCGAAACAAGCCUUCAUACUGUCCAUCAUGUUACAGGAGCUGGCGAAACCGACAGCUGAACGUUUAGAGUGGUUGUUCUGGCAUGAUGUCGAUUUGGUACUGGUCAAUGCUCAAAUUCCUCUCGAACUCUUUGUUCCACCACCCGAGUUCUCCCACAUUCACCACAUCGUCGCAAGCGAUCUCAAUGGCCUCAACGCUGGUGUCUUUUUCUUGCGAGUGCAUCCAUGGUCGCUGAGAUACCUGAGCGCCAUCAUAUCAUACCAGGACUUUCACCCCGACAAAUGGUUGCGGUAUCAGGAACAAACCGCUAUGGAGUGGCUGGUUCAGGAGUGGGAGCAAUGGGGUCGAAAUACCACCCACGUACCCCAACGCUGGUUCAAUGCCUACCAUAACUACGGCACCGACGAUAGCGUCCCCGCUGAAUGGGAAUGGAAGAAUGGAUAUCACGAGCCUGGCGACAUGCUUGUGCAUCUCCCUGGCAGUGGCGACUCUCGCCCAGAUCUCAUCCGUGAGUGGAUGGAUAGAGUGCAGAACGAACCCAAAAAGUGGGUGUUAGCUCUUGCGGAUACUUCCUAUGAGAAAAAUGUCACCGAGUUCUGGCGGAAAGAUGCCAAAAAAGAGAGAGAAUUGCAAGACACCUAUUGGCGGCGAUGGCACCUUUUGAUCGAGCUUGGGAGUCAUGAGGAUGACUUGCGGAGAGAGGCGGUCAAGAAGGCUGAACAAGAAGCAGAAGAACAGGAUCUCAGUGAUGAAAUGCGGCAGGAAAAGAUCAAGGAGCUUAAAGAGAAAUACAAGAAGCUGAAGAUCAAGCAUCUGCGCGAUGCGGAAAGAGUGAAAAUGAAGGAGGAAGGACUGCUCGAAGACAACGAUGACGAUGGAGAGACCAAGCACGAAAACAAUGACAGCUGA